AUGGCUUCAACUUCCUCCACACCCAUAUCAAUCUCCUCAUCAAGCCUUAUUGAUGCCAAGGCUUCUCGCCAAUCAGCUGUUGCAUCACCACAGUGUGUGAGCCUCCCUACGCUCCUCCCUCCUGUCCAGCAUCAAAACCGCCCCUGGAAAGCCACUGCUUAUUGUCGAAAGAUAGCUCGCAAUGUUAUGACUAUGGCUACAGGAGAGGCUCCAGCAGAGGUUGCUUCAACUGAGCUUCCAGAGAUUGCCAAGACAGUUCAAGAAGCUUGGGAUAAAGUUGACGACAAGUAUGCAGUGAGUUCUCUUGUGGUAGCUGGUGCCAUUGCACUUUGGGGCUCGGCUGGGUUGAUCUCGGCAAUUGACAGGCUUCCUUUGAUUCCUGGCGUUCUUGAGCUUGUUGGAAUUGGCUACACUGGAUGGUUUGCAUACAAGAACCUGGUUUUCAAACCUGACAGGUAA